AUGAGACCAGAUGAACACAAGAAGAAGCACAGAGCUGAAUACAAGAAAAAACACGGCAUUUGCAACAAGAAAACAGCUUCUAAAGAAAGAAAUGAGACAAAUAAAGAAGGCACUAAUGCUGAAACUCAGACAAGAGCGGUUGUAGUGGAAAAUGAAGAGGUAAACAUGUAAAUCAGUAUAAAUGCUUGUUGAUCUGCAGGAUCUAGGAGAUCUACAAGAUCUAUAGGAUCUGCAAGGUUUAUACCAUCUAUAGGAUCUACAAGAUCUAUACCUAUCUAUAUCUCUUCGAAGUUUAUCUAGGGACGCACACCAUUUUUCUUUGUUCUAAGAUUUUUUAAGUAGAAUUUACAAAAAAUAACUUUUAAAUAAAGUUUGUAUCUUCAAAUUAUCUGAAAUUAUGGCAUGGUUUUAGGAAGACCAGGCACAAUUCUCACGGAGAAAGGUCGCCAGUAAUUGGGAACGAUAUGAAGAACUUGAACUUGGUGAGUUUAAUAAUCAGAUUCAGAUUGGUGGAAUUAGCUACAAGUGGAUCUCAGGUCCCAGUUGUUCAAAAGGUAGAUAAUGUUUCCAGUGGAUAAAUCUGUAUUCAGUGGAUGAUGUGUCUGGUUUUCUUAAUACUUAUUCACUGGAUAGUGAUUUAUCCCGUGGAUAGGGCUCUCCGACAUUUGAACAACUUGGGCCAGGUGUCUUUUUUUUCUUCAGAUUCUUGUAAUGUGACAUUGUUGGCUCAGGGCUACUAUGAAGCCACAGAUGGGAAGCGAAGGACUUUUGAGAAAGUAACACAGAUAUACUGAAUGACUGAAGUUCUCACAUGUGAUGCAUGUCAAACCAGAAGCAUACAACCCCAUUCAGGGUUAUAUGCUUCUGGUCAAACCCAAUGGACACUAAGGGGGCCAUAGAAAGUGUCAGUAUUAAGAUGGUGUCCGUAUUAUGCGAGUUGAAUGAAGAGAAAAUGUAAGGGCUUUCUUCCCCAGGGACAAAGCAAACUGUCCGUGAUAAUGAGGUGUCCUUAUUAAGCAGGUGUUCGUAAAGUGGAGUUCGACUGUAACAGGGUGUCCGUAUGAAGCGUAUUGAAUUUAGAGAAAAUUUAAGGGCUUUCUUUCCCCAGGGACAAAGCAAAACGUCUGUAAUAAUGAGGUGUCUGUAGUAAGCUGGUGUCUGUAAAGCGGCGUUUGACUUUACUACCAAAAUCACUUGAUUGUAAGGACCCAGAAAAAAAUUGUAGCUCACAUGACCAUUAGCGCCCCAUUAGGUCUUGUGACUUGGUCAGUAUGGUUGACCAGGUUACUGACCUGACCUAGAGGUUGGUGACCUGACCUAGGUUGGCAAAUUAUUAACCUGAUAUGGUGUAAAGGCCUCCUUACACUGUUUGGCUUUCAUAGAACUAAUCUCCACAUUUCACCCUUUAUAGAAAGCAGUGAUGAAGAAGACAAUGUUGAAAACAUCCAAAAAAGAGGAGAAGAUUUCAGUGUUCUUCUUGAAAAAUCAGGUAAAGAUGCUGUUGUUUUAUAUAAUUUAUAGUAUGUGUAGAAUAUCAUCAUCAUUUUGUAGGUGAAACAAAGUAAAGUCAGUAGGUUUGUAUGAUAGACAGUAAUGUGUAUCAUUGCCUGGCCUACAAAUUUGAUUUUCAUCUAAUGAGCUAGGUGCAAGUUGAAAGUUCUCAAUGAUUUGAGGGUUAUGAGGUUCACAAUGCAGAUUUAAGCAAAAACAUUAUGUGCUGAACCUUCGUAUUAAACACAACCAAAAAUUCCUUUGUUGCACAUAACCAUCUACUUCUUGCUGUGGAGAAACAAGAGAAAAUGCAGGCGUUAAUUUAACCUUGUAUCUGUUGUUAUUCAAUAUUACUGAUUCCUUGAUUUACAAUUUUUUUUUUCAUUUGUUUUGAUCAUGGUAAUGUAUUAUAAUGAGGUCUGAAACAAAGAAAAAUGAAAUUUAAACUUAGCCCUGGACCUGGCCCUAAUUAUUCUUGAAUAAUAAGGCUAGGAUACAUAGAAAAUUUAGAAUUAACUAAGGUUAGAAAAUUAACCAGGUUGUAUUUAAUUUUGUCCUAAAAGACAUGUACCAAGCCUUUUGUUAAUACUAGACCUUCAACUGACACUGUGACAUUGUUCUUUAGAAAACCCAGCGUCACAAUUUCGCUUCCAAUCAGAAAGAGAAUGGGAUCAAGAAAGUGAUGCAAGCACAAUAGAAGUAAGUUAGAGAAUGAAAAAUCUGCUUCUUUCGAAAAAAUUCUGUCCGUAAUGAAACCAAGCUAGGUAUAACAAAUACACCUUCCCAAUUGGGCUGGAGUCAGAGUCAGAUCUACAACCUGGCCAGGAACUCUAUGUCCUGAGUUGAAGGGUGGAAUAAUGUUGUAGGGGACUUAGUGUCCUCUUGACCUUAAGUCUUUUCAAGACCUUAAGACCACGUAUAAUGAUAAUAAUAUUGUAAGUAGCCAAGUUGCUUAUUACACUAAAUAUUCAAAUAUUGAUAUAAAUAAUAGACAGUUUACAAGCCUAAAUUACAAACCAGGCCAUUUUUUAAUUAGCUGUAUGUUACUGUAACAGCCCUCAAUAUUUUACUUUGAUACCAUGUAUCAUGAAUUGGUGUUUACACAUGUACUGCUGCAUUUCUACAGCUUUAGGUUUUUUCGUUUUGGUUAUUAACAAUAAGAGGUAUUAAACUUUCUUUCCAGGUCACUAACUCAACCCUAGAAGUUGAUUUUGGAUCAUUAGCAGUGGCCUUAAACUCUAUUCCUCUGCACAGACGUCUUGAUAUCUCUCCUGAUCAUGUGCAUGUGAGUAUAUGUCCCCCUUAAUCUUCUGUGGUUGUUGUUUUAGCACUGCAAGUUGAGGGGUUGUUGUUUUAGCAGUGCAAGUUGAUUGUAUUUAUAAGCAACUUCUGUCAGUUACAUUAAUUACAUAGCUGACACUUGACCAGCCUCCUGGAGACUUGAGAGAAAUGAAUCUUCAUCAAAGAUAUGUUGAUCUUAAACUUAUUUUAAAGCUUAUCAUAAUCUUUCAAAAGCAUCACAGCAUCUUGGGUGAAAUCUUCUGACCAAUUUAGUGAUAUUAAACUGAAAUGUUUGCUUUUUUUCUCAGCCUGACCUUGUUAAAGUGUUUGAGUCAAAUGCCGAGUUGUGCAAAAAGGAUCAGUAUAUUCCCUCAGAUACAAGAAAUACUAAGACAACAGCAACAGCAGAACCAACAUCCGUUCCUAGUGAUACAUGCCUUCAUGGAACCAUACUGAACAGCACAGAAGAUAAUCAGCAGAAUUUUGAAACGAAAACUUUUGAGAACUCAAGUGGUAUUCGAAAACAUGUCACAAUAAACUCAUCUGGUAAAGACAUGCUAAGAUCUGUAACACAAUUAUCAGGCACAAGUGAUCCUUCUAAGCUUCAGAAUGCAGAGGAAUUACAAACUUCUUUGAAAGAUGUUUUAAGAACUGCAAAUGCUACUACUACAAAUAUUACGACUGGAAAAAUGUUGGAGAUGCCAGCUGAAAAUGAGGAAGAUGAUGAACUUGAAUCCCUGCUGUCUCUUGGGACACCAGGCAUGAACAAAAACAGUGAUUCAACUGCAGUACUGCAAAACAAGAAGGUGAGUUGAAUGGAGGGAAAUAUCAAGGGAAAUUGAACACAUUGUUUGUGUUGUAAAAUAAUGUAAAGAUAGUUAAAUAGGAAAAUAAAAUUGUACUACAGAUCUCUGGUAAAUGUUUUGUUUGGUACCAUGCAUCCCCUGUAGAAAUAUUUUACCACUCUCUAGUAAUAGUUUUCCAGGUUUGCUUCAAACAGUGGCAAUUUUUCAGACCCCCUUUCUGCUAGGAAUCUCUCAUAGAAAAAUUAUUUUUGUAAUACAAUCAACUCUGAGUCAAUAUAAUUUUUUCCAGAAAAUUGUUCUUGUUUUUUGAAAACUCUUCCAUCUCUCUGGUAAUUUCACUUAACUUUGAAAUAAGACUUUGCUUAUAAAAGAAGAAAGAUGAGGUCAAAAAGGUGAUGCGCUUAUGCUUCAGAGAUUUGGUGCUCUUGGAUGUGUACUUUGCCUCCCAAGUGCAUCAAUCUGCACCUCUGCCCCCUCCCUUCUGCUCCCCUCCUCAACCCAUCUCUGGUAAUUCCUCUUAAAGGUAAUAAUGUGCUUAAGUGGCGGUGACCUUAAGAAGGUCAAAAAGGUGCUAUACUGAUGCCUCAAAUAUUGGUUCUCUUCGAUAUGUACUUUGCUUCCAAGUCCGUAGUACUUUACCCCUUCCCCCUCCCAUCCCAUCCUCUCUGCACCCCACCCCAUCUCCUUUGCUUGCUGCCAUCCCAAGGAUAAAGCAUAGCUUAAGACAAUCGUAUUAUUUUACUGAUUAACUGCAAAUGGUGAACUGCAACUUCAGAUCUAAGAUUCACAAAACGUUUUACCCUAGUGUGAACAAUUCAAUCCCCUUUGGGAAAAAGACUCAAGAGGAUCUAAUUCUAUAAUAAUAUACCUUCAACUUGUAAAUCCAAGGGUUCAUAUUGAAAACAGGCUUUUAUAUAAUUUUAUAGGAAAUCCCUUCUCAGAAAGCACUUCCUUCAGGAGUUAUAAACAGUGGUAAUCAACCUGCAAACAACACUGACGAUGACCUUGAGGACUGGCUGGAUAGUGUACUGGGCUGAAUUUAUUGGAGGACGGCAUACAAAAAUAACUUUUGCAUAUCCGAGAC